CGUAACAGUCAAGAUGCAUGGGGAAUGGGUGUGAUUGCAUUACCAAGGAAUUACCCAUCUCUAUGACUAAUUAUUUCUUACUCAGGUUGCUAGCAGUGAUAUAUUUAAAGAUGCAGUCAGCUCUGGGAUCGAUCUUUCUGAUCAUAUAAGGGCAUACGUACGAAACAAUGUUUUUCUUAAAAUCGUUACCGCAACGUUUAGAAUAUGUGCGCAUGUUACCACCCUAGUGCUGAUAUAAUGUUGCCGGGUAGCGCGUAAACCAUUUAAUUCAACUUCACCGCUGCCAGUAAGGAAUUACACAGUCUGUGCCUUGAUACGCGCAUCGAAAGGAGUGAGGGGCAGGGGGAGUUUCGAGGAUAGAAGUGGAACAUUACGGUUUAUUCAAGUUCGCGAGGGAUCAUAGGUGUGUUCGUGAAAAGGACAACUUCCUGGAGCCAGAGGUGAAAGCAGACUCUGUGUUGCUCACCAUCCUUUGUCACCAUGGGAAACUCAUCCACCAAAGAUGGCCAUGGAUCUCCAGGCCCCCCUCUGGACAUAUUCCAGACACCUCCGUCCUCUCCGCUCUCUCCUUUGCCCACCUGUACGUCAGACCAGCUUCACCUGGCCUCCCCACUGCAAGGGUCCACCCCAGAGGGCAAAGUCCGGACACACAAGGAGACGAAGAACAUCCCAGUCAUCAGCUCUUCCUCUAGAAACCUGGACACUAGUACAGGCUCCCCCAACACCAGCCAGGACUGGGCUGUAAUUAGCUUAGGGUCCUGUCCGUCACCGGUUAAAGCAGGAAGCAUCCCGCCAGUCAAGAGGGAGACUUUUGUAAAGGGCAGGCCCAAGAUCAGUAGCAGCAGCAGUGCUGUUCCUCUGUCGUCAGCAAGGACUCACAGUUCACCGGAAAAGCCCACCGAGCAGACUUUCCAGGAGAAGGACAGUGGGCUUGGGCCGUCUCUGUCUGAGACAACCAGUGGGACAGAAAGCCCAUGUGUGGAAGAGAACCUUCUAGAACAGUGCCGGAAAGCAUUGGGACUCGAAUCAUCAAUUGACCCCACGCUCAACUUGGCUGCUCUGCUGCGUUGCUUUCUAACAGAACGGAAGGAACUAGUGAAGGAGCUCCGAAGCCUGAAGGAGAGUAUUCAGGAGGAGCGAGGGGAGUGGCAGCAGUUCCAGGCCGACCUGCAGGUGGCCGUCGCUGUGGCCGACCGGUUGCGAGCAGAGGCUGAAGAGGAGCUGAGCGUGCUCCGAGGGACCCAGCAGGAAUGGCAGAGGCUGCUGGCCGACGCGCAGAGGGCGCAGAAGGAGGCCGAGGAGCGCCUCGAGCCACUCCAGGCCCAGCUGGAGGAGAGCCGUCAGAGGCUGGUCACACUGACCCAGGAGCAGAGCCAGGGCCACACCGCGGCGUCCCAGGAGCAGAGCCAGACGCAGCCCCUCAGGGGUCGGGAGAGGAGCGCCAGCGGGAAGGGCGUGGCCGAAGGGUACCUGAGGAAACUGAAAGCCGAGGAGAGGAAGAGGGAAGGGCCUCACAGGAGUCUGACAUCAGAGAGAUCCAGGAGCCUUUCGAGACUUCCUGUGUCUUCAGACUCCCCCGUCGUGCUAAAUGGUACUUCCCAGACAACCACCUCAACAGGACCCGCCAAUAAAGGCACGCUUCAAAUCAGAGGAAAAAGGGGUCAAGACAAGGAGGAGAACUUGAACAAUAAUCAUUCAGGUAAACAAGAAGAGUCAAAUCGCCAGCUUAUAUCUGACCUCACAGAUUCUUUCACUGUCACUACUAGUAAAAGCAGUGUCAGUGUCAGCAGGCCUCAGGAUGACUUCAACCGACUGCUCCGUCGUCAUGGUGGUUCUAAGAGGAACUCACUGCUGCGCUGGUGUCAGAGUCGCACCCAGGGCUACAAGAAUAUUGAUAUUACCAACUUCAGCAGCAGCUGGGCGGAUGGCCUGGCCUUCUGUGCCAUCUACCACACCUACCUCCCAACGCACAUUCCAUACAGUAGCCUCAGCCCGGACAACAAGAGGGAGAACCUCACCCUUGCAUUCCAGACUGGGGAGGGUGUUGGAAUCACCGCCUCGCUUACAGUGGAUGAGAUGCUGAGAGCCGAGGGGCCGGACUGGCAGAGGGUUCUGGGAUACGUGGAGAGCAUUUACCGACACUUUGAGAUGUGAUUCCUCAACUGGACAUCCCCAACUUAUGCCAAGAUGUCACCGAGAAGCACCAGGUGUUUGGAGGCUUCCUCCUCAUGAACAUUUCCAUAUCACUGAUCAGGGCGACUACUGAGGCAUGGAUGACAUGACGAGAUGGGACUGGGCAGGACUAGUGAAUGACUUUGGUUUGGAUCGCCCCCUGUUGGUUAUACAUUGGAACUACAUGUUUAGAAGGAUGAGCUUUGGACAGUGCUACAAUAUGAGUUUUUACCCAAAGGUUACUUGAGUGAUUUGUCACAAAUGUGACAUUGAACAUUAAGAGGAUUAUUGGCCUGCUUUGACACACUCGUGGUUGGUAUGUGAUGUAUUGUCGUAAAUAUUAAGAUUUUUUGUUUUUUAAAAAGAAAAGACAAUUAAUAUGAUGAGUUUUGCUGUGAUUUAAACACUCUGUAAAUAUGCACUUUUAGAAGCACUUUGUUGUGUCUAUAUGGAUUCUGUGUCUGAGAACAAGGUCCUAUGGCAGACACGAUGGCUCACGUUAUUUCAGGCCCGUUUGAGGUUGGUCUCUGAAGUCGCCACACAUUACACAGUGUCUCUGUGCACCUGAAACGUGGCAUGACUGCCUUAUUAUACAUGAAGGACUACGAGACCUGUCCUCUUUUUCCAUUCACUCGGCCUUCCCCGAAGCCUGCUAGCUGAAAAGGCUCGCUCCUUCACAGUGUCCUCUGUUGGGAAUUGAAAUGUAAUUUCAUACGUUAACAAAGGUUAAUUUGCCAAAGAUUCUGAGAAAUAAAUAAAAUGAUCUAUUUUGAGCUGUGA